AUGUCAUUGAGGCACAUAACCACGAAAAACGCGCCUGCCGCGCCAGUUCCAGGAUUAUUUGCUCAAGCUGUGAGAGCGGGUCCGUUUUUGUGGACUCAAGGAACUCCUGGCACUCUCCCAGAUGGCACUAUGGUUGAGGGGACAAUUCAAGAUCGUACACGACAAAUAAUUAAGAAUCUCGAAGCAGUGUUGGCUGCUGAUGAUAUGACAUUAAAGAAUGUGGUGAAAGCAACCAUUUUUAUAAAAAACUUUGAUGAAAGUUUCCCUCUAGUGAAUCAGGUAUGGGAAGAGCUAAUGCCAGAGCCUCGCCCCACUCGGACAUCAGUAGGUGUGGCUCAAUUGCCAGCUGGCGGAACAGAUAUUGAGAUUGAAUUUGUGGCAUAUAAAGCUUAG